AGGCUUUGUCUCAGGGUCUUAGAAGAUGUGCAGACGAACCUUGAACAGAAGAACAUGUUUGUGUCUCUGUAAGCAGAUAAACAUUCUGCAAAGAUCUCAGUGACACGACAUGGCCUUCUUAGGUGUUAUCCUCAGAUGAACAUGAACAGAAACAAAAUUAUUACAAAGUAAAAAAUUUAUAAUUUCCCUCACACAUGACACUCCUAGUCUCCAGACCUUAUUUGCAGAAGGCAGUGUACAGCAUCUGGCAGAGGUACAAUACUUAGGAAAACAGUCCAAAAAUAGGCAAGCAAUCUGGCAGAGAUAGAACAGAUGUCAGGAAGAACGCGGAGAGGAUAUUUUUACAAUUGAGAAUUCAAAAGCUGUUCAGAGGAAACAAAAGAGUCUAGUGGUAGCCAGAGGUUGGGCAAACAGUGUUCUACAGAAUAUUUCAUACAUCUAGAACUAUCACUAUCCGCCUGCUUUUUAUUUUUCAUUAAUGUGUUAAUAGAUAUAGUAACAAAUUUGUUACUUGUGAUGAUGAAACAUGACACCUAAGGACUAAAUGUCGUUUCAGUAAAGUAAAUAUUUUAUCAUAAAGUUGUGCAAACCUUUGUAGCUGGCUGUGCAAUUUUAUGACAUAAAUGAUGUCUAGUAAACAACACACACUACCAUGAGUAGAUAAGUGAGAAAUGCAAACUCUGGGUUGUUUUUUUGACCUUUAAUCAUUCAAGGCCUGGAAACUCAGUUCAGACACACUGAAUGCCUAUAACUCUCUUACUCCACUUGAGACAAACAACUUGAAGCUUCAUCUGUCCAUACUGAACUGAGUACAGGACCAGCGUUUUAGUAAACGAUGCCCAUCCCCAGAGGUCACAUAUGUCAGAGUUGGAAAUGGGACACAGUCUCGAAGUCUCACGAUGCAUGUGUGUCUCAAUGUGGCCAGGCUGUCUAUUUCCACAUCAGCCCACUGCUGGAGAGCGAAGGCACUGCAGCUGUUCGAGGAAAUGAAGUUACAGGUUUCACUCAUGGUGAGCAUUACUGGGAGAUCGAGUUUCUGGAACCUCCAUAUGGCACCUCUGUGAUGGUGGGAGUUGGUACCCAGAAUGCACUUCUGCAUGCAGGAGAUCGGCAAUUUAUCAACCUUAUAGGUAUGGACGCUGAAGGUUGGGGUUUGUCAUAUAAAGGCAUUCUCUGGCACAACGGGAAGAGUAAGAAAUACACAGAACCAUUCUACGAGAUAAACACAGUCAUCGGAGUUCUGCUGGACUGCAGCGCAGGAACAUUAACAUUCUACCGCAAUGGAGAGAACCUCGGCCUGGCCUUCUCUGACCUGAACCAUGUUAGUGGGCCUUUGUACCCGAUGGUGAGCUCCACGACCCCAGAGACCGAGCUGCAGCUUGUCGUUAGAUCAUCUCGCCUCGCAUCUCUACAGGAAUUCUGCAUACACACCAUCACACACUGGCUCAACCCUGGACACAUACAUGAACUGCCUUUACCCACUGCAUUAUGUCGCCAAAUAUGCAACUAUAACACAGACAUAUCACACACAUGCUGUGAUGCUCAUACCUAAUGCAGUAUAACAGACAUAUAACCUGGGAUUUGUUUUCAUCUUCAAGAAGCUGAGUAAAGCUAUUAAAGAAGUGUUUGUAUGACUUCGAAAGAAAAUUCUAAAUACAGCUUACAAUUAUGCAUUUAGGUACUGAUGAUGACAAGCCCAAUAUUAAAGCUACAAAUACUGAACUGCA